UUCUGGGAUCAACAUGGCGCUGACCACGGGUGAUUCUGAAGUCGAGGAGCAAACGAAAGAGUCCAGGAUAAGGGAGACUCCAGAGGACAUCACCUUCAGUGCCAUCGUGAACACGAUUGCCUUCCACCCAGCACGGGACAUCAUCGCAGCGGGAGAUGUUGAUGGAGAUGUAUAUGUUUUCUCGUACUCAUGUGAGGUGUCAGAAAACCAGGAACUGUGGUCCUCGGGACACCACUUGAAAUCCUGUCGGAAGGUUGCAUUCACCGACAACGGGGAGGAACUUGUUACAGUUUCAAAGGAUAAAUCAAUUCACAUUCUCAAUGUUGAAAGUGGCAAGUUGGUAACGAGGAUUCCCAAAGCUCACAGUGUUGCUAUUAACAGCCUGAAGCUGAUCGAUGAAAAUCUUUUUGCCACGGGAGAUGAUGAUGGCUUAUUGAAAGUUUGGGACUUGCGGAAGAAAACCUCUUUCAUGGAGAUGAAAAACCAUGAUGAUUACAUCAGUGACAUCACCAUUGACCAGAAUAAGAAGAUCUUGCUUACAACCAGUGGCGAUGGUACGAUGGGUGUUUUCAACAUUAAGAGACGCCGCUUUGAGCUGCAAUCGGAGUUUCAGGAUGGUGACCUUACAUCACUGGCUAUAAUGAAGAGAGGCAGCAAGGUGGUCUGCAGCUCAUCUGAGGGAAUGAUCUACCUGUUCAACUGGGAUGGGUUUGGGGCAACCAGUGAUCGAUUCUCAGUGCAAAGAGAAUCCAUUGACUGUGUCGUGCCGAUCACAGAUAACAUUCUUUGUACAGCUUCCAUGGAUGGAGUCGUCAGGGCCGUGAACAUUCUUCCCAAUCGAGUGAUCGGGAGUGUGGGCCAGCACCCUGGGGAGUCCAUCGAGCAGAUUGCCAAGUCCAGAGAGGGCCAUUUCCUUGCCAGCUGUGCUCACGACCAGAAGGUGAAAUUUUGGGAUGUUUCUAACCUGCAUUCAGUCAUUGUUGAUGACUACAGGAAACGGAAGAAAUGCGGGAAGUUGAAAUCAUUAAGCAAGAAAGCAUUUGGCUAUGGGCUUGGGAGUGACUUCUUUGCUGAUCUUGCCGAGGGAACUACAGAGGGAGAAGAGAACAGCAGUAAGAGUGAUGGGGGCUGUGAAGCCCUUGAUGAACAGUAGGUUGUGGCUUUCCUGUGCCCUGAUCACCUGCAGACUCUGAGAGGAUUAUGUUACUACAUGUGCAACAAAGGCUCGCCUUCCACACAACUUCUGUUCAAAUGAGAGGAUCCCAGAGUCACAUCCUUUAAAAAUAGUUUCCAUUUCCUUCCUUGUGUAGCAGCUUCUGAAGAGACUUCUAUUUGCGAGGUUGUGUUGUUGAACUGACAAUGGGGUUGGGUGUGGUCCUGACUCCAGAAUCUGUGCUUGACUUCCCCCAACUCAAACCUCCUUUUGGUUGGGCAAGAGGUAAGGCAGUUGGUAAUUGUCUGAUUUAAUCUUUCUCCACAAGGAGCUUGAUUAUAUGAGACCACUAUCAAAUUAGUUCACUGGACUAUUGAUCCCACACAUCACAAUUGGCCAUGACUGAAAAGCCACAGUCAAGUUUAUUGUCAUAUGCACAUCCAUGUGUGCACAGGUGCAAUGAAAACCUUACUUGCAGCAGCAUCAGAUAAGCAACAGUCACAAGAAAAACAUAAAUGUUGUGUGUCUGAUGCUAUGUGCCUGUGAUGCUGCUGCAAGUAAGUUUUCCAAGACCAAUGACUAAAAGAUUAAAUGGUGGGUUGUGGGCCCAGCUCCCAGUGAUGGGUGAGGCCUGAGCUGCCGUAUUGUCCAAUUCGUUAAUGGGCAACGCAUAAGCCACCGGGUGCUGGUCAGUACUGGGCCUGUUGCUAUGCAGGGGAACUCGGAGAUACAGAGUGGACAACUGGAGAAUCCCAGCAUGAACGGUUGAAAAACUGGCAUUUUGGAUCGAGGAAUAUUGACAUGAAUCAAAGCUCCUCAAAGAGCAGAGUUGCCAUCGUCAGUGACUCCAUAGAUCGAACCAUCAAAGGCUGCCCACUGAAUGGCAACUCUUGCUUGGUGUCACAUGUAUGGGCAGUAAGCUCAAAAGGAGGGAGCCAGCAGAACCUGCACUGAUUUUGUCAUACACUUCUGUCUGAUUAAAGGAUUUUAUAAAUUCUGAGAAUAUUUGCAUCAUAAGACCAAGAAGUGGGAAGAAACAGACUUUUGGAAGUGUGGUUGCUGGAAAUGUGGCAGCGGAUUUGCAGACAGAAAACAGCAAUGGUGAUGAUCCAUCGUUAUGUGAUGGCUCUUUAUCAAAACGCACAUAGCAUUCAUUAGGUGUGGUGAGUGAAUUCAUAGCAUAAGUAGAAAUGGAUGGUAGUUGCCAAGUGACCCCAGAUUGGGAAUUAAGUAUUCCAGGCUAUUUAACUUUUGGAAAAAUGGGAAAGGAGACGGGGUACCUCUAACGUCAAAGAAUGGGAUAAAGGCAGAAGAAGGAAGGACGCUGCUUCAAAAAAAAAUCAGGAGAAAGAUCAGAGCUAAGGAACAGCGUGAACCGUUGAUGGAAGUUGUCUGUAAGCCCAGAAACAGGCUGCACAGAUUGGGAAGUAGCAGAUGUACCCUCACCAUUUAAGAAAGGAAGGAGAGAGAACAGUUAACAGA